GCCGAAUGUCCCCAUAUACUUGCCUUAAUCUUAUUUGAUUUCAAGUUAAAAUAAACCAGGCAUAUUCGUCGCCCAAAAUAUGAUAAAAUGGCAUCUUCGUUAUAAUAAGACAUAAUAAGGGCUCUUUCUUUCUCCUCCACAAGUUCCUUAAACGAUGCUACAAGUUAUAACGAGCCAAUCCUUGUUCUAGUGUUUACUACUUCCACAUUAGCCUCUCGUUCUUUUCUCCAGACUGUUCCCUGCAAUGCAGACUGGUAUAAAGCUAACAGGUCUUCUAAUUCUCAUCCCAUGGACUCUUUAACCCUUAAACCCACUUUAAACUUCUUCUAUUUUAACCCGACCACCACUAUUAAAUCUCUCUAUUCUCAUAAACACUUAUCGUUCUUCAAGUUAACUCCUUCGACUAAAUUCAGAACCGCCUCUCCGAUUUGUUUUUCUGGUAGAAAUCCUUCAAAUGCUCAGAACCCAAGGUUAACACGCAAAAACGAUGCCUUUUCUUUUAACCCUUUAUGGGUUUUAGUCCCAGUCUUGCAAAGAGUCAAGUUCAUAGCUUUUUCGCAAACCAAGAGAUGGGUUUCUCGGCUGCAAGCAUACAGUGAGGAAUCAGAGAAAGCAAUGAAUGAUUACGAUGGCAAUUACUUGCAAAAUGGAGCUUUUGGAGUUGCUUUAUUAAGCAUAACAUCAAAUGCUAAGGUCAAAAUUAGUCCUUUCGUGUCAACAUUAGCAGCCAACCCAACUUUUAUAUCGGGAUUGCUUGCCUGGUUUGUUGCUCAAUCGACAAAAGUGAUUUUGAAUUUCUUCGUGGAGAGGAAAUGGGAUUUGAGACUAUUGUUUGCGUCUGGAGGGAUGCCAUCUUCACAUUCUGCUUUAUGUACUGCUUUGACAACAUCAGUUGCGCUUUGUCAUGGAGUAGCUGAUUCUUUGUUUCCAGUUUGUUUGGGGUUUAGCCUUAUUGUUAUGUAUGAUGCAAUCGGUGUUAGGCGUCAUGCUGGGAUGCAAGCUGAGGUUCUUAAUAUGAUUGUUGAGGACCUGUUUCAAGGACACCCUAUUAGCCAGAGAAAACUUAAGGAACUUCUUGGCCAUACGCCAUCGCAAGUCCUUGCCGGAGCUGUGCUUGGCAUUUUGGCGGGCUGCUAUUGUUGUCAAGUUGCUUAGUUGCAACCCAAAUAUUUUUUAGUAGGCAAUUUUGGUUGAAAUUUAUGCUAAUGAAAGGCUGAUCCCUGUGCUUUUACCAGGCACGGCUUAUUCUGUACGGCCUUCAAAGCUUAUGUACUUUAGACUGUUAUUCAAUAAACUUGAGAAUUGAGAAAUACAAAUGGAGUUUCAACUUUUUGCCA